UUAUCGAAAUGUCUGACUGGGUCGGUUGGUUGCUAAAGGGUCUGUACUACUAUGGAUUUUUAAUCGGCGUCUCUAACUUCGAAGUUAAUUGGAAUACGGGUCGCGUUCACACAACUUCAAGAAGUACGACUCUAGCAGCUUUCAGGAAUAUUCUGACAAUGAUGCUAUUGCUUGUGUAUUUGAUUGGCAACACCCACUUGAACAUCAUCUCUAAAAAGGCAAAUAAAUUACACGAGCAUGUGGUUCAUGUGAUGGCAGUGCUGAGAUCGAUUGCUGGUAUGAACUUGUGUCAAGCUCAAAAAGUGCAAUCGAAAAAUAUAUUUUUCUUGUUAUUAGGAUUUACUGUUAUACUCUAUAGAUGGCGCCAACGCACCAAACUGAUGCUUCUGGUGAGGAUGUUGUUCCGACUUUUCCGGCACAGGCCACUAACGAUGAGGAAGUCUCGCUGGCUGAUUUUCAGCAGGGUCCUUACAGUUUGCAUAUCCGACGUUCUUCAAGUUGUCCUCACCCUGCAGAGCUUGAAUCACCUCGGGUCCAGGCAGAUGGUAGGAAUGACCUUCCAGUUCUUCAUGGCGGCCCUUACGAGUUUCGCCAUAACCCAGCAUUAUCUGGUAAUGCUGUUUGUGCGCCUUCAGUACCAGAUUCCCAACUCCGAGCUGCAGAAGCUGAUUGAGGAGAGUCGCUGGCUGAGCUACCAUUCCCCCCGCAAUGGAGUGUUCAUGACCAGGUGCUGCUACCUGGCAGACCAACUGGAGGAUAUUGGCAACUGGCAGGACCAGAUCCAGUCGAUUGUGACGUUUCUGGGAGAGGUGUUUGGUGUGCAGGGACUUCUGGGCUACACUGGAACCUAUAUUAACACAGUGGGAACCAUUUACCUCAUCUACAGCCUCUACAAGUACGGAUCCGAGGCUUUGGGACUGCCAAUGAAGUCCGUAAUAUUGUUGUUUAUUUGGUGCACCUUUGAUUACCUCAAUGCCCUCAGGAGCCAUAUCCUUAUGCUAAGUAUUUUGGACGAGCAUCAGAAGACCAAGCGCCUCUUAGAGGAGUGCCCCGUGUUUGCUUCAGGCUUGGACGUUCGACUAGAACAAUCGUUUGAAAUCUUUCAGCUCCAGCUUAUUCGGAAUCCGUUGGAAAUGAACGUAUUGCAUGUGUUUCCCAUAAGUCAUACGUUCACCACAGCCAUGUUCGGAUCUUUAGCAAUGAAUACAAUAUACCUUAUACAAUACGAUAUGGAACAUUUUUAACUAUAUGAUAGAAAAUCAGUAUGCCCUUGACGCUCGGAAUACAAAUAGUCUACUACCCUAAUGUCGAUUGUUUAUUUUAAGCUUCUAGAAUCUAUAAUCUAGAUAUAAA